AUGUAUAAAGAUGUCUUUGGCUCCAUUAUCCAGGACCUUGAAACCUUUAAGAACAACUUUGCUAAGUUAGAGCUGGCUAUAAACUAUGACUUUGUCCGGAGGGUUGGUCAGAAAUACUUUGUGUCCAACAAGAGAGAUUCUUUCUUCACGGCCACCGAGUUCUGCUCCCAACGAGGCUUGGAGCUGGCUUUGCCCCAGAACGAGGAGGAGAACAGAGUACUGACUCAAGUGUUUGGGGAUGUUGACAAAACGGCCUGGAUCAAUGUCAACAAUAAAAAAGCAGAAGGGAAUUUUGAGACAGAUCUGUGAUCAAGUGGGGAGAAGGCAGCCAGACAAAUCCAUCCAGGAUACAGGCUGCGCCAACUGUCUGACUUUUGGCGAGUGACAGGAAUGCUCCCUAAAUUCAUACUUCAUUUGUCAGAUAUAAAAAGUCUUAUAUCCCUUUCAAGUUUUGCUUUAUUUGAAAAUGUUUAAUAUGUCCUACAUUUGUCGUAUGCUGGGAGAAAGUAUAUAUUAAAUGUAAGUGUGAAUGAAUUAAUCAAAAGUGGCAUUAAACUCAUCCUCAGUUUACUGGGGAUUAUAUGUAAAA